GACGUCGCUGAAGUCUCACAGCGGUGCGGGCCCCUACGUCAUCGGCGCUCCACCUCUGCGUCAGGUGCCGUCCGUGUCCAGUGUUCGCGAGCAGCCCUCUCCGCCGUGUUGGUUACCAGUGGCCACCAUGGUGUGGUGGUCGUGGUUGUUGACGCAGCUGGCGGUGUGGUGCUGCGCCGGCGUCGCGGCGGUACUGUGGUGGCUAUGGGUCACCAGACCCCGCGUGGACGUUCCAGGGCCGCCCACGCUGCCCAUCAUUGGGAACAUUCUGGAAUUCCGCGAGGUUCCGGUGACUCUACACAAGUUUCGAGAAUUCCACCAUCGGUAUGGAGACUUGACUAGGUUCUACCUGGGUCCCAUUCUGGUGGUGCUCGCGGCGCACCCGGACGAUGUGCAGCAGACCCUGCUGACGGCCAAGAUGGUGGACCGCGACCCCUUCACCACGCACGCCAUGCGGGUCUUCGCCGGUGAUGGGAUACUCGCCACCAGUGGUGACCGGUGGAAGACACACCGGAAACACGUCAGCCACACGUUUCGCUCUGAGCUGCUGGAGGGCUACCUCCAGGCAUUCCAUGAGGGCGGCCUCCUCCUGAGCGAACGCCUGGCCAGGACCAGAGGCGCCGUCACCCCGCUCUACCCUUCAGUGCUCCUGGCAGCUGCCCGGAACGUCUUAAGUACCGUCAUCGGCAUCGACCCAGACCUGCUGAUACCAGAUGCCUUGGCAGAGGAGGAGCUGUCUGCCGCCAUGAGCGAUGCCAUGGCCACCAUCCAGAUGAUGAUAUUGCGGCCGUGGCUGCAGAACAAGUUCCUACUGAAGAUGACUUCCAAGGGUCGUGGCCUGUUCAAGUACACGCAGCUGCUUCAGGACUGGGCCAUGAAGUGCGUCGCCAUGACGUCGACGACCACGGACAAGGAACCUGCCACAAAACACCUGAACCUGACCGAAUCUCUCGUGAGAACGGAUGGGCGGACCACGAUGCCACUCAACGAGGCUCGGGAUGCGAUCAUGAACGUGAUCGUGGCCGGCAGCGAGGCCACGUCCGUGACCGUCAGCUUCGUGCUGGCGGUGCUGUCGCUACAGCCAAAGUGGCAGGAUGCGGUCCACCAGGAGCUGAGGGCCGUCUUUGGUGAGGGCGACGACUAUCUGCGCCCCGCCAGCCUCGCAGACCUCACCGAUCUCAGGGUGCUGGAGAGCGUCAUCAAGGAGACAUUACGACUGUUCCCGCCGGUCCCGCUGAUCCCUCGGGUGGCCUCGGAGGACCUCUGGCUGUCCAAGGGUCAGGUCCUGGUCCCUAAAGGCACCCUGCUCUUCGUGUCGUCCUUCCUCACACACCGCCUGGCGGAAUUCUUUCCGGACCCACUGAGGUUCGACCCUUCGCGCUUCCUCGAGGGCUGCGGAGGAAAGGAGCACGCGUGCAGCUACCUACCAUUUGGGAUGGGCCCGCGCAACUGCGUGGGCUACCAGUAUGCCCGCCUGGAGCUGAAGGCCAUGCUGGCAGAUGUCCUGAGGCGCUUCCGCUUCCUGCCACACACCACCUGGGAGGACCUGGAAGGCGGCACGCUCUCUGUCACCCAGCACCCCGUCAAGCCGAUCAGAGUUUCCUGCGUGCCUCUGGAGGGACCUGUCACAUGUGAAUAGUACGCUUCAUACUGGUCAAACCAAGCUCUUCCUGACCAGUAUCCUGAGGCACUACUCCCCCCUGCUGCACAGGCACUUUGAGGAUAUGAACGACAAUGCACUUCCUGUCACCCUACACAAUGUCAGUGUGAUAAGCUACUGCUUCCAUACCUCUGCAUGCAAUAGCAUGUAAGAGCACCCUCAACAUAAUUUUGAUCAAGGCACACAUAUAUUAAGGAUGCUACCUGCCAGUCGGCAUUAAUUUAUGUCAGUAGGGCAAGUUUGAACCUAAGUUUCUUGGAUGCUAUGACUACUACGCCAUACAACUGAUAUAAAACAACGCUCUGGCAGACAAUGGCUUUAAUUUCCGUGUGUCUUGAGUCAUAGUGUCUCCAGGCUCAACAUGGUGCCUGUUUUUUCAGAGAUGUCUGAAAAAACAGACACCACAUAUAGAAUUAAGGCAAUGACAGCCAAUGAUCCUUUCAGCGCAGAUGCACACCAAGUGGGAAUUCUUAUGGCAAUCAGGGAGGUGCCAUGAGUAAUGAGGCUAAUGAGCAGGGGCGUGGGGUAAGUUGCGAAUUUGGGGCUGAUGGGAAACGUGCUACGUUAGUCUGUGGAGUUGUUCUGACCACUCUGUCUGGAUGGUAUAGUGGGCAGCCCGUCUGCCUAGGUUUCAAUCCCAGUCCAGCACGAAUUUUGAACUUGCCCCGUUGAUAUAAUUCAAUGGGCACUGACAGAUAAUGUCUAUAUAAUUCCCUGGUGCCUUGAUUCAAAUUGGCUGCAGGAUCGAAAUGGUCUCUGUUCUUUUGGACAAGUCCGAAAGAACAGAAAGAAUAGACACCACGCUCUGGUCGACAUUACAAGGUGGUUUCCAUUCCUGAAACAUAUGUUUUGGAAGAAUCUGGUGGUCAAGAAGCCGAACAUGAUCUUCCGAGCGUACCUGCAUGAGCCAGCACAUAGGACCACCUUCCACACUGCUAGAGCUGGAAGUUAUGCUGACGAAUAUCCUGAGAAGUUUCCAAACCUACCUCAUUGCUGUCAGGAUAACCUGGAGUUCAAUGUCCUAUCUUAAGCUUACAUACCAUCUGCCUAAUCAGAGUCUCCUGCGUGUCCAUGUUACCGUCUCCAGCAGUCCACGUCUGGUAUUAGCCACCACAGUUGGAACCUUCAUAGGCUGUUGUCACAUAUCGCUCUGAACUACAACACUGUGUGGUAAUCAGCACUCAGUGAAACAUGUAUAUGUGAAGUUUUCAGCCACACACAGACUGGACAGUUUGGUCAGCCGAAGAUUCCACGCUUUGCAGCCGGCCAUCCCCCACUGUUGAGCGCUCAGUCUGCACCAGACAUGUAGUAUCUACUGCUGGUUCUCAGCUCAGCGUCCAGUCGCAGUCUGGGAAGAGACUCCUUAAAAAGAAAGUGGCCAGGCAUGGUAUCCAUCUAACAUUCACGUCAGCACUGUAUUUCAUUCGAAUCUAUCACCAGAAUAAACAGUAUAUGAAUCAUACACUGAUUAUAUGGCAUUAGAAACAAUUGCCUGACCUAUUGUAACCAGCUCACAAAUGGAUGUCUGGAUCGAGCUGGUACUUUAAAUCCCAACUGGCUCUGUUCCUCCAUUGAGAUUCAUUAAUUUACAUUUGUAUAAACCUGAGAAAGAAGGGGAUCGAAGAAACUGAGGUGUGUGUUAACGGAAUGGUGCUGGCUGGAAACCUUUUCAGUAUCCUUGGAUGAGAUGAAAAAUAUGUGCAAACCUCUAACUCUGAUAAGGGACAAGAUGAUAGAACAUGUAUUCGGACAUCACAGAAUAACUUCUGUAGUACUAGAGCUGUAAAGGAUAACAAUUGUAGGUGAACACUAAGAUUGAAAUAUAUACAACAAAUAACUGAAGCAGCGCUACUAUAAGAUUAAGGUAUUCUCACAGUAAAGGAAAUCAGGGUUGGCCGCAUCAUAGUAUUCAAAAUUUUUAAUAACUUCAGGAAAUACAUAAAAAAGUUGUGCUGAGCUACACAUAAAUGCUGACGCGGAAUCAACUCUGCAUCCACAAUACUUCCACUUUCCCAUCAAUAAUCACUAUAGGACUGUAUGUGGUUGCCUUCAAUAAUAGGAAUGAGAAUAAUAAAAUUUUUGUAUUUGUGUUUACAGGAACAACGGCCACAAAUAUUUUACUCUCCCAUAUUAAAAGAACAUUUGCGUACAGCAUAUGUAAUGACAUAAAAUACACCGAAUGUAAAAUUUU